GUGCCCAAACCCCGGCCUGACUCUUCAGAAAGCAUCAGCCUUCUGCCAGACCUGAGAUAAUGGAUGUCAAAGACCGGCGACACCGCUCUCUGACCAGGGGACGGUGUGGCAAAGAGUGUCGCUACACGAGCUCCUCCCUGGACAGUGAAGACUGCCGUGUGCCCACGCAGAAGUCCUACAGCUCCAGCGAGACUCUGAAGGCCUAUGAUCACGACAGCAGGAUGCACUAUGGGAACCGAGUCACAGACCUCGUUCACCGGGAGUCAGACGAGUUCCCACGACAAGGAACUAACUUCACCCUUGCGGAACUGGGAAUCUGUGAGCCCUCCCCACACCGAAGUGGCUACUGUUCCGACAUGGGGAUCCUUCACCAGGGCUACUCCCUGAGCACAGGGUCUGACGCCGACUCCGAUACAGAGGGAGGGAUGUCUCCAGAACAUGCCAUCAGAUUGUGGGGGAGAGGGAUAAAAUCCAGGCGCAGUUCCGGCCUGUCCAGUCGUGAAAACUCGGCCCUUACUUUGACUGAUUCUGACAACGAAAAUAAGUCAGAUGAUGAGAACGGUAGGCCUGCUUCUUAAAUAUUUUUUUGAAUAUUUUGGGGACUGUACCAUGUGGGGCUUGGGAUUUUUAUUUUUUUA